AUGCCCCACAUACCACCUAAAAACUCAUCAAGGUUUCAAGGGUCAAGAUCACCCUACGUAAAUAGCAGUAGCAGAAAUGCUGACAAUGCCAACAUCAAUGAGCACAAUGCCAUCAUUGUCAACAGCGACAUCAUGAUCUUGCCCGAAGACCAACAAGAUGAGGACACCCUUUCUUCUGCAGUUGUUCCUGCAGCACAAUUUGGAGCAUCCACAAUCACGGAACAGGGACGCUUUGACAGAAACAUUGGCCAAGAGGAAAGAUAUGCCGCUGUUGAGCCUUCACUCACAGAUGGUACAGCUCGGAGCUCCAUGGAUAGUAAUGACUUUGCACCAAGACGGUCUUCCCGAGGCAAGGGCAGCAAUAAGAUCAGUAAAAAACCCUCAAAGUUGACAAUAGCAUCAGUAACAGAUACCCCUGGAUCACUUAGUGCGGCUGGCAGUACAAAUGCUCUGGUCUUCCCUCAACAUCAUCUGAGGAACGAUUUGGCCCCAGAGAAACAUCUCCAUAAGACAGGCAUACCUGGUAGGAGUGGAGAGGAGCCAGAAACAGAUCUGUUCAAUUUUGUUGAGAUCAUGUUGGCCAUGCCUGAGAAACCGACAUGGACACAAGUGAUUAUCAAGCUGAUCAAGGUCUUGGUUGUCAUGUCUAUUGCUUACUUUGCUCUCAUGGCGUUAUACUUUGGAGCAGAGUUUCAAUCGCCCACACGAGUCAAGAAUUUUAAUAUAUUGGUAGUGGAUCUGGAUCAGGCAAUGAUCGGGUUGAACUACCUUAAUUUCACACAACAGCUCAACAAACAACCUCAUCAGCCCAAUUGGACCAUAGGACCUAUCAGCCAAUUCCCGACCAUGGAGGUGAUUCAGGAAGAAGUUCGUCUAGGCCACUACUGGGGAGCUGUUGUUGUUCAACCCAACGCGUCUUCGAAUUUAAACAAGGCGUUUGCAGGGCCCUUACCGGAUUAUGAUCCAACUAAAGCAUUUGCGUUCAUUUAUGAUGGUGGACGAGAUCCUUUAGUGGUGAAGCCCCAUAUUGUGGCCAAUAUGUACACACAGUUCCUCAUGUUCUCCAAGAUUUUUAAUCCAGCCUGGAUCCAGUUUAUUCUUCGAUAUUCUCAAGAAAGAAAAGUGAAUGUGACGGCUCUCCAUGUAGCACCGCAUGUUCUAGGGACGCCCGUGGCCUUUGAAGAAUUUGAUCUCCAUCCACCAACGGCGACCAUCAUCACCUCAGCGACUACAGUGGCCUAUAUCUGGAUUUUCUUGGUGGCUGGAGGAAGCACGUACUUGGUAGCGCAUUUAAUCCAGCCCAUGACACGGAAUGUUUCUGUGAGCAGGACAAUGGUGUAUCUUUUGGUGCCUUUGUUCUUCUACCUCGUAACCUUAUCCAUGGUUUACAGUGCUUUGUUGCCAGCAUUUGGAGUCCCAUUCCCACAAGGGGCUACUCAGUUCUUGUCUCUUUUCUCAGGCAUGUUGAUGCUUCAAUGCUCAGUGGCCGCUUUGGUCUUAUUCUUAAUCAAUAUGAUCCCUGUGGUCUUCAUUCCAGGAUUUACAAUCACGUUUGUGAUUUUGAACGUGAUUGCAGUGUUCAAUUCUGUAGAACUAGUGCCUCUGUUUUAUCGAUGGGUUUAUGCGAUGCCAUUCCUGAAUGCAGUUCAGAUAGCAAGGUUAGUGCUGAUGGGGUCCUACAAUCGGCUGAGAUAUAACAUACCAAUCUUGGCUGCUUGGAUCUUGCUGCCGCUUGUGUUCUUGCCGUUGGCUAUCAAAAGACAGAAGAAAGCUGCCAAGGAUGUGGAGACCCUCGAGGAGGAGGAGGAGGUCAAUAUAGAGAAAGUGAAUAGACCACAAUACGUUUCGAGAAGGGGAGAAGAGGAGGAAAAGUUGAGUAGAUGUGAAAUAGACCCAGAAACCGCAAAAGAUCUCGCCACACUAACACCAGCAUCCGCGACGAUGCCGUCAUGGAAGGGAGAGCUAAUUUCAACCGAGACUGUAGUCCCAGAGACGAGAGCUCCUCGUGACCAGAAACAUAUUAUGAGGGGUUAUGACUCUACCCCUACUCCUGGAGGCGACUCGAUAGAUGGGGCUGAUGACGAUAAUGAAGAGUUUUAUGAUAUGUAUGAUAUGUAUGACGCUUCAAGUAGCAACGGAGCAACUGAGAACCAUAGCGCGAUAGAAGAUGGGUAUCAUCAAAAACCGGUGAGACAUUCGAGGCAUUACCGACCUUCUCCCAAAAUAGCAGCGGCGUCUAUUGGAUACUUAGAGAGACGAGAUUACUAGAUGAUAAACAGGGCUGAGUUGACUUGGGUCAUCAAUAGAUGAGUUGUUAGUUUUUCAUGAAGAUACCCU